AUGCAGCCUUUAAGUCUAGGGGAUUGGCGGAAACUGACCAGUGGACAGGAACCUCCUUCCGCGUUGUAUAUAUACCGCGGUCUCCCUGGGACCGUCGCCACAUUCUCAUUCACCUUCCGCAGAACCACACGCAGCUUCCACCAUCAUGAAUUCUCGCGUGUUCUUGGGUCUCCUCCUGUGCGGCCUCUGGGCCUCUUCCGAGUCUCUCGUCCUCUUGGGAACCACCGCCGCAGUCGGAACUGCCGCCGCCGCCACCGCAGUUACCGCUUCUGCAGCGGCAGCUUUGGGCGUGGGCGCGCUGGCGGUGCUCAAGGGAGUUCUUAUCGGAAGCAUCUGAAGCGCCGCCGUUACGGAAGGGACGUCGAUGCCGUGCAAGACGUUGCUGAGGACGAUGCAGAAGACGUUGCAGUUAAAGUUGCCGUGGCCCAGCAGAUGGAUUCAGCUGGCUGCGUGGCCAAGCUCUUGUGCGAAAUCGAGGCCAUGUCCGCUGACCAGCUGACUCCUGCCAUGGCCUCCUUCAAGACUGCUUUCGAGGACAACGAGAACCUCAGGAGCGCCCGAGGCGUGUACGAUCUGGCCAUCAGCUUCGGCUCCAAGUUCGCCAAGAAGGACUCGAAGGCCUGCAGCACCCUCUUCGAGAAGUGCGUCCUGUCCAGGGAGGACCUCUCCUUCAUGCUGGACUCCACCUUCUCUUGCCAGUCUUAAAGGCCUUUUCACAUACACUCUGGCGAGUUUCUUCCAUCCGCCGAAGUGGCACGGUCUUGAAAUGACUUGGUAGCUGUCAGACAAGUGACUGACUGGACCUCAUUGUUCAAGCUUUCCUUGAAAUCCCCUAAAUUAUA